AUGGCGCUGCGCUCUCCCUCCAGCACUUCACGGAGGAAUCUGGGACCCCCUUAUUCGCCGCCGGCGGACUCUCUGCCUCCCACCUCUCAGGCUGGAUCCGGCAAUGGAGCUAGAGCUGGCGUUGCUAUGAAGGUGAAGGAGGCUGAACAUAUGUUGGCAAAUUUUGAAGAAGAGGGAGUGGAGAUAGAUGGCAACAUAGCUAGUAUUAUCAAUGAUGAGAUAGCUAGAAUUAAAGCUGAAGCUGAGAGGGAGAAGAUUAUCAAUGUGCUGACAAGGAACGGGCGGAUGGUACUGCUCACUAUUGUAUCUGCUGCUGCUGGUUUCUUCCUGGGAGGGGAAUGUUACGAACGGGCCCUCUAUGAGCAACUGGCCAUGAUUUUUGGUGAACCAUAG